UUUUAUCAAACUGUUAUUUUAGUCAGUAUGUUUAUUGAUUUAGCUUGAGGAAUUUUUGAGGUCUUUUGUGCGUGUACAUAAUGGAACGAGUGAAUAUAUAAGGUGAUAUACAUGUGUUUGAUAACUGAUGAAGGUUUCAAUUCCGGACGGGAGAAGCAUUUAAUGUAGCAAAAGCGAAAUGUCCCGUGUUUAAAAAAGGUAAAACAUACUUAAGAGAAUGAACCGGUGAUAAUUAUUGAAGAUAUCCUACAAUAAAAUAGUUCUAAAUAUAGACCAUUUCGAAUGACAAUAUAUUUCUAAAGAUACAUUGGUUAAAAAGUAGUCCUUUUGAUUAUAACAACUUCAUAUUUUAAGUUAUAAUGUUUACGAAAGUGUUCUUUUUUUACUCUGCUUCUUGUGCAACGCCGAGUAAAAUGACAAAGCGCUCAUCCUGAAUGAUGUUGUUUAGUUUUAAAGCGUCACUAGAAUGUUACAACUGUAGUGGCGUGACAAACUUGCGUAAAUGUAACACCAAAGUUACAUGUGAAGAUAAACAGGUGUGUUUUAAAAAGAGAGAAUACACUGAACACGUUUCGUAUGAUUUAGGAUGUGUCGACAAUCAGAAUUGUGGUGACUUUGCAAACUUCACUUCUGGAUCCGGAGUAUCUGCUAUGAAAAUGGACGGAGGCCAAACACAGCCAUGUUUUGAAUGCUGCUCCACAAACAAUUGCAACUUCAGACUCUGUGGAUAUAAAGAUUCUUCUGAGUGUGUCGAUGACGCAAAGACAGACUGUGCGUAUUUGAACUCCUUGUUCAGUAUCUGCAAAUUGAUUAAUCAAGCGAAGAAGUUAUGCCCAAAAUACUGUAAACUAUGCAAUGUGGUGGAUGGGAACUGGUCACCUUGGUCAAACUGGUCAGACUGUGACGUCACAUGUGAAAAUGGAACACAGAUUCGAACUCGGUCAUGUACAGACCCUGCUCCACAAUAUGGUGGUUUGGAUUGCCCGGGAAAUGAUACCGAUACAAAGUCGUGUCACAGGGAACCUUGCCCGGUUCACGGAGGUUGGAGUACCUGGUCGUUAUGGAGUUUGUGUUCAGAGUCCUGUGACAUUGGAAUACGGCAUCGUGAUAGAUCUUGUACUGAACCUUAUCCGAGUCUCUUUGGCGACCACUGUUUUGGGAACUCAAGAGAGUAUAAAAAAUGCAUGCCUGGAGCUUGUGCAGAUGGCGGUUGGUCAAUGUGGAAAAACUGGGGGUCAUGCACUGAGAGUUGCGGUGGCGGAGUACGAACACGGUCAAGGUCAUGCACCAAUCCACGCCCUUCUUUGACGGGUCGGUCAUGUGAAGGAGAUAAUACUGAUGUUAGUACGUGUAACAGAACAGCGUGUCCUGAAUACAAUGUGGCAUUCACAGCGUACAAUGUACACAGGAAUUCGUCAAGCUACGCUACCCUCCUGUUCCAGAAGACCUACACCAACUUUGGAAACGCGUAUGAUACCACCACAGGGAAAUUUACAUGUAAUAUUCCUGGUGUGUACCAUUUUGUUGUGACUUUAUUAAAGUGUUUUCAAGAUAUUAACAAGGUAUUUGCAGAUUUAAAAAUCAAUGGUAGCAAUAAGCUUCAACUGUUCUUACGCCCUAAAAACAAUAACUACAAUGAAGCAUACAUGUUGACUGGUGCUGGUACCUUCCAUCUGAACCGGAAUGAUGUCGUACAUGUUCAUGGAGUUCCUAACUAUUUUUAUAAUAGUUAUAAUUCUUACUUCACUGGGUUCUUGAUAACUCCAGAUGAAUAAAGUCAGUUUAUUAAUUAUUGAAUAAACUAAAUCAUACAAAAACCAGAAAUAUAAUGUAGAAAAAACAAUUAAAUAAAUCAUUUUGAUAUUAGUUAAAGAUGAUAAUGAGAAGUAUGCCAUAUUUUAUGGUGGCAAAUUUAUUCUCAUGUUGGAGAAGUAUCAUUUAUUACACAGAAAUUUGGUGAAAUCAUAAUAAUCGAAGCGGCUGUUCUUUCUUAAACACAUGAAAAAUCAGAAAUACAUAUUUAAUUCUUUCAUUGCUUGAAUGUUUUACCUUAGGGAUUUUUUCAAAAUGGGAGUCUAUGGGAAAAUUACAAUUUUGGUGUGACAUCUUCGCGUAUAGAAAAAUCCUACAUGAAACUUUACACAGUUGCACGUUCACCCAUUUUCUAUCUAAAAGGUUAAAUUAAAUAUGCGUGAAAGGUGAAUAAAACCUGCGUUAAAACUUUUUAUAUAAGCUAAAAGGUUGAAAUCAUAGAAAAAAAAACAGUGUGAAAUCUUUACGCACAAUUUGAUUUCUAUAAUGAUUUUUUACCAUAAAGGUCUAUUUACGCACUUUCUCUAGCGGACCUAUCCGAUAGCUACGAGCAAAUGAAGAGUAUUGAGCAAAUGCUUCAGUUCAUUUUAGUAACAGUUUCACGUGAGUUUCAUUUAAACUUUAUGUUUUUCUAUUUUUUUUUAAUUAUGUAAAAUAUAUUUUGCCAUAUAAGAUAAGAAAUAUGCUUUUUGUAGCAAAAGGUGUAUGCCGGUGAAAAUGUGAAAUGGCUUAAAGCUACGAUAUGAGUAGAUGUUUUAAAGCGUAUAACGUUAGUGCUUUACUGCAUUAUAUGAGAGACUGAAUACCGGAACUGAAUUCUAUGGAAAACUGUUUUGUUCAUAUCAUACCAACACCUAUCACAUAAUUAUCAAAGCGCGAUGGUAUUGUGGUAGAAUUGCCGAAUAGUUGGAUUGUAAGAUGGCGAUGGUAGGAUAGUAGGUUAGCGAAGUUAGGAUGGUAGAAAAGCGAUGGUAGGAUAGUACGGUAUACUGCCAUCCUGCUGUCGCUGCCAAUGCUUUCCUACUAUCAUACUUUCCUACCAUCCUUCGAUAUUACAAUCUUAUUUUCCUACCAUCGCUUUACGUUCUUUUACCACCCGCAUAUUAGUGCACCUCAAGGGUGGCCAUUUUCUUACUGUGUGCCAGCUAAGUGUGCGCCAUCAUGGUUAGCAUUGAUUUAGCAUACGAACGCGCAAUGUAAAAGGGCAAUAGCCAAAAAGUAUUAUUACGUAGGAAGAAAAGGACGAAAGGCAAUGGUAGAAUAGCGACAGUAUGGUAUAAUAUUAUAUCAUCCUACUGCAGUUAUCCUACCAUCCCAAUGUCGCUAUCAUAUAUAUUUCUACCAUUGCACAUCCUACCAUCUAACUAUCCUACCAUCCUACGAUUGCGCUUUGAUGAUAAUAAUAGGCGUCGGGCGCUGGUAGGAUAUGAACAAAUAUUCUUCCGCAGAAUUAAGUGUUUGAAUGCAAGUUUUCGUCUUUUAUAUUUUGCAUGACUACGAUGUUGUUUACAGUGUCCCGUUAGGGCCUUCGCGGCAUUUUUAUUUAACGAUUUUCAAAAGUCGAAAUAACGAAACCACGAUGUUGAAAGUUCUGAAGUAUGAUAAUGACAAUGUGAAAUAAGUUCGACGUUUCGCCAUCAUAGUUAUGUUGUUUCAAUUCUUCAGCAGCCUAGCUUCGUGUUUACGGCUUUUAACCAUCUUAGUUUCGUUAUUUUUCAGCAUCAUUGUAUCGUUCUUUUGCUGUUUCGAACUCGCAAUAUCCGCCGAGGGCUCUAUUGGGACACUGUAGUUAUCACAUUUUGUUUACAUUUCUUCUACAUUUCAAGUAUAUAUAUGUUGUAAAACUCAUAUAACUUGUACUUUAUAGUAUGUUGAUUCAAAUCUAUGUACUUUAUUUGGCUUGUGCUUUAUAUUAUAUUGAUACUAGAUAACAUUAUGCUGAUGCUAUUUUUAAGAAAUAAUAAGUUCCCAAGUGUGGUUUAUCGUAGAAUAACCCGAAUUUAUGAGUUCUUAUGCGGCCUUCAUGAUAUAUUGUGUCGCAUAAGAACGAAAAACUAGGGUUAUUCUACGAUAAAUCACACUUGGGAACUUGUUAUUUCGAUUCUAACACGACAUACAAGUAUCAACAGUGUUAGAAAAAAUGGUAACUAUUUUUUACGACCGUGCUACGCACCUGGAUCGGAUGACGUCAUUGCACGCGAGUGGUUUAUUGCAGAAUAACCCGAGAUAGAUUUUGCUCUACAUGUAUGUAGGUUAUUCGCUGAUCGUGUUAGAAUAUGAAUUAAUGUGACUUGAAAUUUAUAUUAUGUUGAAUCUAUAUGUGAACUAAUUAUACGGAUUAAUAUGCUAGUGUGACUUGUACAUACUGCAUUAAAUGCUUACAUGACUUGCA